AUGUUGCAUAAUGAUAUCAAUAAUAGUAAUAAUGAUGUCGGAAGUAAUAAUAAUAAUCAAACGACAGUUUCUUCACCAGCAACAUCUCGACAAUCAUUAUCACAAAUAUCUACAAAUGCACCAACAUCUUCAUUUUAUCGAGCAAAUAUAUCAUCAUCGUCAACGACAAAAGGUACUAAACGUAUUUCAUCGAGCUUAACACCAACAUAUUCACAACAAUCGUCAUCAUCAGCAAAAAGACAUAAAAAACAACAUUUUCUCUGCUUAUUAUUUAUUUCUUUAUAUGCACCUCUUCUCUGUAGUUCAGUAUCUCAUGCAAAAAAAGAUUACAAAUCGAUUAUAAUGGCACUAUUAUAA